UUAAAUUCAAUAGCAAUCUGGGAUAGAAAUAUCAGUUUUUCAAUUAAAUUAUGAUCACGACCUUAUUGUAAGGUAGUGGAGCUCACGAGUAACUUCAGGUGUCGGCUUGCAUCAAAUGUCUCCAAACAGAGCGAACGAUGCCUUCUUGCCAGGAAAAAGCUGCAAAACGGCCAAGGCACGCGCGGUGGCCUUCUGCGCUGUUGCGAGCAGGGCCCGCGAGGGUAGAGUGAGUGACAGCCUCCUGUGCGAAAAUCGUGGCCACUGGUUGGGCUUAGUCUCCGAGGUCAACCCCUUCUCUUCUUACGUGCAAGCAGAACCAAAUCCUCGCUGCUCAUCCUCCUUCAGCUGCCUCUACCUCAAGCCCGACAACAAAAAAUAAUAAUAUCAAAAAAAUGCCUGAGCUGAACUGGGCAAUCUUUGUUCUUCUCGCAUUCAUCCUCCUACCAGUCAAUCUUCGCGUGGGUCGGUGUACCAGCCGUUCUUCUCCAGACCCAGUUGUUCAACAGCAACUGGACAAGGUUCUUCACCUUCCGGGUCAAAAUUUUGAUGUCAGCUUCGACCACUACUCUGGGUAUGUCACCGUCAAUGAGCACUUCGGUAGGGCACUCUUCUACUGGUUCAUUGAAGCUGCUGAAGGCCCCUCUUCUAAGCCACUUGUUCUUUGGCUCAAUGGAGGGCCUGGAUGUUCAUCCAUUGCUUACGGGGAGGCAGAAGAAAUAGGCCCUUUUCAUAUAAAGGAAGAUGGGAAAACACUUUAUUUGAACCCUUACUCUUGGAAUCAAGUUGCCAAUAUUCUAUUUCUCGACUCGCCCGUUGGAGUUGGUUUUUCAUAUUCAAACACAUCCUUUGAUGUGCUGAAUAAUGGAGAUAAAAGGACUGCUGAAGACUCACUAGCAUUUUUAUUGAAGUGGCUUGAGCGUUUUCCCCAAUACAAAGGAAGAGACUUCUAUAUCACUGGAGAGAGUUAUGCAGGUCAUUAUGUUCCUCAACUGAGCCAAGCAAUUGUAAGAUACAAUUUGGUAUCUGGGUAUAAACCAAUCAAUCUGAAGGGUUACAUGGUGGGAAAUGCUCUUACGGAUGACUACUAUGAUCACUUAGGGCUUUUCCAGUUUAUGUGGUCAGCUGGUUUGAUUUCAGAUCAAACAUACAAGCUGCUGAAUGUACUGUGUGAUUCUCAGUCAUUUAUACGCCCCUCAAAAUCAUGUGAUAAGAUUUUGGACGUCGCUAAUGAAGAACUCGGUGGCAUCGAUCCAUAUAGCAUCUUCACUCCUUCCUGCACUGCCAAUGUUAGUUCAUCAAGUCAACUGCUGAAAAGAUGGCUUAUGGUUCGUCAUGUUAGUGAGAAUUAUGAUCCCUGCACUGUAAGGCAUUCUGUUGUAUAUUUCAAUCAACCCGAGGUUCAAGAGGCACUUCAUGUUAAUUUGGAACUUGCGCCAUCUAAAUGGGCAACCUGCAGGGGUCUCAAUGAUAAAGCUAAAAGGUGUGUUGUGGAGUGUUUCUCAAAUGAAUGGAAAGAGGAUGUGAUCUGUCUGCAGGAAACAAAGCUGGGUAGUCCUGUUAAGAGUCUCAUUAGUCAUUACCAGUAUCUGGGGGCAGAAACA